GACCUCUGGGGCCACCACGCAGUAUCAACCAGCGGCAAAACGGCCAAAAUGUAAAGGAUAAGCAGCCAUACACCACUUAAUGAAAGUAGGUGUGCAUUGGAAAACUGUGGCAGUCUUACAAGGACACGUAGAGUUGGUGUUACGCGGGGACGCGCAAUAAGCCGUGCGUAAAAGUGAGCCAGAGAGGACAGAAGUAAAGAAAUUCUGCGGUGGCUCAAGCGUUUCUCCGGAUGCGAUGGAUGCGUCAGUGAGCCUCUGGGACGUAAUGAAAAGCUGAAGCUGCGAGGAGCAAUCGCUUCGACUUGAACAGUUGGCGUCUUCUCUCCACGGUUGGGCGACAGAGCCGGAGCCGGAGCCGAGCGCGCAGCGGGGCAGCAGACGCUGGACAGUGACUAAGCCUUUACGACCUGGGAAGCUCAUGAAUUGAAUUUGUCUGGAGUGCAGACUGUAAGAAGUAGGACAAGCAUAACACCGCCCGACUAGUUCUUUCCGCCAUGCGUAGAGACGCGUUGUCGUCCAGAAUAGUGAUGUUAUGAUAGAGCUCGUUUCCCAACGGGUCAGUUCUACAGAAAGCUGCAGCUAGCUGAUGCCACUGCUCGGACGGGAGUUAGUGGAAAGUUUUGUCGUUUACAUCCCCCUGUCUACCUCUGAUCAACAUGGACGAGAGUGUUGAGUCUGCCGCGGCCGACAGCUGCUCGGACGGGGAGAGCAUCAACCUCAGCGUGCUCAACUGGCAGCAAGUGCAGCGGCUGGACGCCAUCCUCACCGGCUCCAUCCCCAUCCACGGCCGCUGGAGCUUCCCUACGCUGGAGGUGAAGCCGCGGGAUAUCGUGAAGGUGGUCCGGAGCCGCAUGGAGGAGAAGCGGAUACAUGUCCGGGAGGUGCGCCUCAACGGCUCCGCGGCCAGCUACGUCCUGCAUGAGGACAGCGGUCUGGGAUGGAAAGAUCUGGACUUGAUAUUCUGCGCCGAGCUGAAGGGAGAGAUCGAGUUUCAGAUAGUGAAAGAUAUAGUCCUGGACUCACUUCUAGACUUCUUGCCCGAGGGAGUGAAUAAAGAAAAGAUCACACCAGUGACCUUAAAGGAGGCUUAUGUGCAAAAGAUGGUGAAGGUGUGUAAUGACUCUGACCGCUGGAGUCUCAUCUCCCUCUCCAACAACCGGGGUAAAAAUGUGGAGCUAAAGUUUGUGGACUCUCUUCGACGGCAGUUUGAGUUCAGCGUGGACUCCUUCCAGAUCCGCCUGGACUCACUUCUCCUCUUCUACGAGUGCUCAGAGCACCCAAUGGCUGCCACUUUCCACCCCACGAUCCUCGGGGAGAGUGUCUACGGUGACUUCCCCACCGCCCUCGAUCACCUGCGCAAGCGCCUCAUCUGCACACGGAGUCCUGAGGAGAUCCGAGGAGGGGGCUUGCUGAAGUACUGCCACCUCCUGGUGCGGGGUUUCCGUGCAGCUUCGGACGCUGAGAUGAAACUGCUGCAGCGCUACAUGUGCUCACGCUUCUUCAUAGACUUUCCUGAUGUGAGCGAGCAGAGGAGAAAGCUGGAGUCCUAUCUGCAGAACCACUUUGUAGACCUGGAGGACAGGAAGUAUGACUAUUUGGCCACGCUGUAUGACGUGGUGCAGGAGAGCACAGUGUGCCUGAUGGGCCACGAGAGGCGCCAGACACUCAGCCUCAUCUCAUCACUGGCACUGCGGGUCCUGGCUGAGCAGAACGCCAUUCCUAAUGCUGCCAACGUCACCUGCUUCUACCAGCCGGCCCCCUAUGUCUCAGAUGGCAACUUCAGCAACUAUUACGUAGCACAAGUUCAGCCUGUCUACUCCUGUCCUCCCUCGCCUCCUCAGCAGUACCUUACUCCUCCGCAGCAUCCGAUGUAUGCCACCUGGUUGCCCUGUAACUAAACCUUAUGUACAUACAUGCAAUUUGCGUAACUGGUGGAACACAUGCCCACUUAAAAGGGAUGAAUGAUGAUCCUUUUAUCUUCUCCGUGAGAUGGGAAAUUUAGGGAAACGAGAAAGGAAAUUCAGGAGACAAAAUUAGACAAAGAGUGCAGAUAAAAUAAGAGAAUAAGGCAAGGAAGGGAAAUGAGGACAAGGAACCUGGAUCAAGGCAGAGGGCCAGAGAGAGGCUUUUCCUGAGGGUAGGGUGCCACAGCAUGGAAGAGCUGAGCACACAGGGACAGAUGCCAAUGAGAGACGCUGACCCAUCAGUUUUACGGUUCUUCCAUCAGGGCCAAGAUCGAUUCGGUAGAGCAAACCACAAGUCGAGCUCAGCCUCGGAGUCAUCAACAGCCUGGACGUGAUGAUAUUUUCCUCCUGUGUUGUGAGUUACGGCUCACAGGAACUCAAAUUUCAAACGUUGAACUUGUAUAAUAUCCAUAUCCUCUUGACAUUACAAAGCAAAACAGACACUCACAUUCAGCACAGCCACGGAGAUGAACUUAAGACACACGAUGUGAUGAAGAUAUAGAUUCAUGGUCAGACAACAGCAACAACCCUUCAACCUUUUACAUGUGGUCUGUUGUGUGUGUGAGUGGGGUAGGGGGUGGGGGAUCUGAAAUUUGGGAUUUGUUUACAAAUCCACAGAUUUACUUUGAUACUCAAGUUUAUCUGAACUCUGAAAAAAAAGAAACAACAAAACAAUGCAUGCUUUAUUUCUGUACAGGAAUAAUUUUCUUUAAGUGCCUAGAUAAAGCCUAAAGGGAAGAGAUAUUUUUGUGAUUCUUUAUUGUAGAGAACUGUUGAGUUGUCUCAUUGACAUUUUCAAGGUGAUAAUGAAUGUACUGAGGAUCAGAUAGUUUACCAAUGCUGAGUAAGGUCUCUUACACUGAGGGAGCUAUAGGACCAACUUUUGGCAAUGUUUAGUAAAGACUGCUCUUAUCUGCAGUCCUGCUGGACGAAUGCACAUCCUGAUUACGAAAGAGGAAGUAACAUCAUAAUC